UGUCGAAUGGGACUGUAGGAAAGAACUGAUUUGUCAUCCGCCAAAUACGUUUGAAGUUAUUGCGCUUCAUCGCCAUGAAGGUCUUCGAUGCGGUGCCGGUAACAUUUCUUCCUGAAUUUAAAAAUCCUUGCUGGCGGUCUCAACUCUCUGAUAAGGGUGGUACGUCAUCUCCCCUCAUGUGUCUACCGUAUUUCUUUCUGGCCGGUAUGCCAAAGUGUGGUACCACUGACAUCUAUGCUAAGUUGCAUACGCAUCCCCAGAUUGUUAGACCUGCCGCCAAGGAGCCACACUAUUGGAACAGAAAACGUUUCACUGGAAUGAGCCUACGUCAAUACCUUAGACAAAUCAACGGAGCAAAGCAUUGGAAAGGUUCGGACUCCAUGAUGAUCACGGGAGACUCUUCGGUUUCGACGUUCUGGGCCAAUACAAAGGGAUUCUCUGACACGAAAGUUGGUCCUUCACAUACCACUGCAGAAGUUAUUCACGCAGUCUUGCCAAACUCUAAGAUAAUUGUCACAUUUCGAGAUCCUGUUCAAAGGUGGUACUCGGAAUUCCGAUAUAUGGGAAGGCCUAACAAUGAUCCCAAGGGGCCGUCAGUGUUCCACAGACAAGUCGUGCAGCAGAUUAAUCAGUUUAAGUCAUGCCAAGCAACACAAGACAACAGGACGUGUGCAUAUCGUGGGGAUACAGGGAAAUCCCCAAAAGGAUGUUACUCAAUCUUCCUCCGUGAUUGGCAGAAACUUUUCCCACGUGAUCAGAUUACGGUCAUCCGAUUAGAGGACUGGUAUACCAACUGCACACAGAUUCUGCCUCAACUGUUUGAGUUUCUGCAAUUGAGGAAACUUGAUAGUUCUGCCAUUGAACAGGCUUGCCGCAAGACUCCGUCAAACGUCAACAAGAGAAAGUACAAACCAAUGCUACCAGAAACCGUACAGUUAUUAAAGGAGUUUUAUCGACCUUUUAAUGUAGAACUUGCUUUGAUGCUUAAUGAUGAGAAAUACCUAUGGUAGGAUUAACCGGAAAUAACUUUGUCAAUUGAUAAAAAAACAAAAGUGCUCUGACACUUUGUAUAUUUCCCCUCCUUGGUGAUUUUACUCGAGCAUACGUUCGUUAACUUCUGACACACUAACAUCCCUGUCAGCGAGCGACUGCUGGCACACAAGUGGAUCCGGAGGAAUUCCUCAAGAGAUGUGUAACAGCAGGCAAAUGAGUAUGAGUAGGAUUUGAAACUUUGCAUGGUGGAAAUACGAUAUGGAAAGGUUGCGGUAACACCAUGUAAUGACUAUCUCUUGAUGAGUUGGGGUGGUUCUGAAAAGAACCGUUGGUUUCAACUAAAUGAACAUGCAAAUGAGUAAGUUUGGACAGCUUCUCUUUACAUGAAUCAAAGAUUAUUUCAACUUCCAACAGGGUAUACAUUUUCAAGGGGGCAAAUUAUGAGUAUUAUGGUUUAUUUACAUUAUUAUACAACUAGGUGUGACUUAAGCCCUUUUCACACUACAGGUAUUUCCCGGGAAAAUCCCGGUAACUUUUGGUCGAUCUGUUCACACUACACAAACAUUCCCGGGAAAUAGCUUAUUCCCGGGAAAUAAUUAACCCUGCUCAGGGGUAGGUGUAAACGAGUUUCCAGGGGAAAAACGUUGUUCCCGGGAGAAGCAGCUAGUGAGAACGAAAGCGGGUUUAACUUACCCUACAUUUUGCUUCCACUGUGUUGAGACGUCCUUCAUCACAGACGUCAAAAAUAGCGCGCCAAAUAAUUCGCGCGGUAACAAUAGCCCUUAAGUGCGGUGAUGAACCACCAGGGUUCACAGUAAACGGCUGUCGUAGCGAGGAUAAUGGAUGGCGCAGUGUUGAUUGGGUUGGUCCUUAAAGACACUGGACACUAAUGGUAGUUGUCAAAAAUCAGUCUUCUCACUUUGUGGAUCUCAACAUACGCAUAAAAUAACAAACCUGUGAAAAUUUGAACUCAUUGGCCGUCGAAUUUGAUGGAUAAUAACGGAAGAAGAAAAAAUAUCCUUGCCACACGAAGUUGUGUGCGUUUUGGAUGCUUGAUUUCGAGACCUCAAACU